UGUAGACCCGCGGCCCAACGUAAUGAUGCGCCUAUGUUUCUCGCUGGUUGGAGCAGAGAUGUCCAUUGGUGAUGGUAACAACCCCUUUGGAGUGUGGGAAAUGUGAAAGAGUAGGAAAACCCAUAAAAACUAAUUGUGCAAUACCUGCGUGCCUGCAAUAAUUUGAUUUAAUCGUGUAAAGUGCGCACUCCGCAAAGAAGUGGUUGAAAUAUUUUCAAAAAUGCAUCGUAAUAGUAUAUAUUUGUACGGAGUGUUUUUCAUCUUUGUCACAAUCAACGCAAAACACACCGAGGUUAAUAGAUGUGACAUACCUCCUACAGCACCAAAAAGAAUCGAAGAAAUCAUCAAUAAAUGUCAGGAUGAAAUUAAAUUAACAAUAUUAUCAGAAGCGUUAGCAGCAAUCAAUAUGAACGAACACACCCACAGUCGAGCAAAACGAGCAGCAUUUACCGAUGAUGAAAAACGAAUUGCAGGAUGUCUAUUACAAUGCGUCUACAGAAAAAUGAAUGCCGUGAACGGAGAAGGAUUCCCCACCGUUGAUGGACUGGUUAGUCUUUAUACAGAAGGAAUUUCCCAAAAAGACUAUAUUCUAGCAACUAUGCAGGCAGUAAAUCAUUGUGUGAAUCACGCUCAGAAAAAGCAUUUGAUCACUCCUCAAUCUAUAUCUGAACAUGGGAAAACGUGUGAUAUUGCGUACGAUGUUUUCGACUGUGUCUCCGAUGAUAUUGGGAAAUACUGCGGACAGACGCCGUAGUGGAAUUAAUUAUCAAAUUUAAUUGUGGUUGUUAACUAUAUGUUCGUAUGUAAAUAUGUUUCAUUGAACUCUCGAUAAAAAUUAUUUAUGAAAAAUGUUUAAAUUCUAAUCCAAGAUUUGUUAUUUAUUUAUUGUUACAAGAGUAAAAAUGAAUUACCUUAAACAAAAAUUGAAAUAUUUCUCUAUGACUUGAAACUAGUACCUUCCUUUUCUAUUCAUAUAGCGUUCACCAAGUACCUAUUAUAACCAGUAACCACUUUGUACUAUUAAGCUCGGUUUUUUAUUCCCAGAGUUUUCAUAAACUAUUAAUUUCUGCA